AUGGGCCAAGAACUGCUCCUCCGUCUUCGCAUCGAAAAGACCGAGUUGGAUGAGGGCACCAAGGACGCUAACUAUUGGGACCAGCGUGCUGAAAGGCUGCGCAAUCAGCUGAACUUUGUGGAGAUGUGGUUGGCGGAAACCACUGGUCCUCCCUGUUCGGCCGAGUGGUCCUGGGACAACCGCGAGGGCUAUCGAGAAGAGAUCGACUCCUUAGUUUGCUCCGAGCUUGAAGAGUUCUGCAAAGAGGCGCAAGCGAUUUGUGAAGAGCUCUUUGAUGAGCGGCAUGGUGACCUUUUGGAAGCGUUGCCGGAGGAUGAGCUCGUGUUGCCCUCUCAUAUGUCGCAGCUCAGCGUCCAUGUGCACUUGAAGUGGUUGACCACCAAAGACAUGUUCGCUGCCUUUGAAGGUCUUCGUGCCGUUAAGGCUUUUGGAGAACGCAGCUCAGAUGAAGGGCAGGCCAUCGCGGCACUGAUGGAGUUGGUGAGUACUGAUCCGGACUUUGGUAAUGGGGAAUCCUUUUGGCGAAGCAUCUACCGAUUGUGGUUGUCGAGCUAUGCAAGGAUGCUCAACUCCGACUUCCAGACCAAGGUUCGGCAGCUGGUGGCGUCUUUCAAUGACGAGCGCUGGGAGGAAGGAAUGGAGGCCAACGUGCAGGGAGGUCAGUUCAAAACCUACCAAGCCAUCAAGGCCGCUGAACGCAAGCUGGGUGGCAGCUGCAAUCCGGAAACCCAGGCCACCAAGUUGCUCGAUAUCGUUGAGUGCGACCUUGUCGCCAAUUGCCCUGCCGCUGUGAUUGCACUCAUCGACUGCUUCAGAAGCGGAACCACCACUUCUCCCACUGCAUCAGGCGGUGAUGGGUCUGGAAAAUCAGUCCCUUUUGAGCUGGUCCGCGUGCGCAGCAACUUCUCCGGAACUUGCAAGGUUGGCCCGGCUGGACUGAGGAGUGUCACGUGCGGCGCCCCGGUGAAGCUGGGGGUCGUUGUUGGUGUGGUGCCGGGUGGGGCUGGUGAGAAUGCAUCGAUCCAGAAAGGGCAAGCUUUGCUCGAGAUCAACGGCUGCCCGAUGACGGAGGCACUUCCUGAGAUGGAGCUUGAAGAGUUGAUGCAGCAGCGGCCGUUGCGGCUGGCAGUCGCCACCCUUGAGCGAGUCGCGGCUUCUGCGACGUCGAGCCGAGCAGACGCGGUGCGACACAAGGGCGUCACCAAGUUCCAAAGCGCAGUGGCAGUGCAGACCGCAGCAGAGGUGCUGGAAUUGGUGCAUGAGGAACAUCGCCGUUGUAUCCACGCGACCUUGCAAGACCACUCUUUGGCACAGCAGUUCUUUUCAAAUGUGCAAGUGCCCCGAGCCAGUGAGGGGGCGCCAGUCACGCGCUGGGACUUGCGCCUGCCCAUGGAACCCUUGAUCUACCGAGCUUUGGAAGAACUACUGGGCAGAAGCAGCGGCGAAGAGGGAGCUGGUGCCACCUUGGAAGACUUAGCGGGUCCUGAUGCAGAGCUUUGGGAGCUUGGAGUGGUCGUCACUGAGCCUGGCGCAGCUCCGCAAGCGGUGCACUUCGACGCUGCGGAGCGAUGUCUCUACACCGCCUUUCUGGCGUUGCAGGAUGUGACAUAUGAAAUGGGACCAACGCAUUUCUGGCCAGGAACCAACACUCCUGUGGCCCACAGACGCUUCGAAGACGACCCCGGCUGCUUGGAGGCUGUGCCACUUGCUGCGCCGCUUUUGCAAGCAGGAGACUUGGUGAUGUACGAUAGUCGCUUGCUGCAUUGUGGCGGUGGCAAUACUUCCACCCAGACGAGGGCACUCCUUUACAUUACCUUCCGCGACCAGCACCGGGACCCGCAGAGCUUGGGCAUCCAUCAGCACUCCAUUCGGCCCAGCUUGGCGGGCCGCUUCCGCUUGCGCCAGUUUGCGCACAUCGGGCACGACCGCAUCAUUGGAGAGGUCCGAAUCACUGUGCCGCAGUUUGAAAAGCUGAAGGAGCGUGCUGGGCCUUUCCUCAGGUAUGUGGAGCGUGAAGAUGCGUUGGAGGCAAGAGGAGCGGAGUUGCUGAACGAAGUGCCUCGUGGAAGAAAGAGUCCAAGAUGGAGUGUCUCUUCUGCAGCGGGGGCGCCAGCCCCCGGCCCCUCUUCAGGUUCCUGA